AGCGCUUUACCGGUUACGUACGCAGAGCUUUUGCUCGUUCGUACCGAUGUCGACUACCGAAGCAGCUUUGCCUAUUACACACAACAAUACUACCGCAACCUCAACACGGCAAUAAUUAUUUUCAUUCCGAUGCUUCUCGCUAUCAUUACGGCACAUAGAAGCUGCUGCGUCCCUCGUCCAAUACUUCGUCCGGCGAGUUAAAAGAAAAUCGUGUAGUGGAAAAGUGUCGUGCAAAAGUGAUGGAUUAACUAACACGUGCGGUAGUUGUAACACGAACAAAUAGACAAGUAAUGAUACGAUAAAGUUGUGCGAACUUUUCUUCUUUUAAAAACCUAUUACAAGUUUUAUUCAGUCUACGAUUUAAUAAAGGACCGAUGCAAUGUCGUAUUACCGUGGAAAUGUGGCCCGCAGUAGAAAUAGUUGGGGCCCAAUGUCUAUGUCAAUGGACUUUCACAGACUGGAUCCAGAUCCGCAUUACGCAGAAGAGUGUACCGAAAGGAUGCUCAGUGCUCAAAUGCGCCAACUGGAUCCUUUGAAGGAAGAUUUAGCCGAAUGGCUUAACAAAACGCUAGGAAUUUGUUUUCUUACUGGAGAAAAUUUGCUAAGUGAACUGGAUAACGGGGUUAUUCUGUGUCACCUGGCGCACGUUAUACAUGACCAGGCUGUGAAAAUGGUCGAUGCCGGUCUUGCAAAAGGUCCUCCACCAAAAAUACAAGGGAAGUGUUUUGAAAGAGCGAUGCGACGAAGUUUCUUUUCGAGGGAUAACAUGGAAAAUUUCAUCAAAUUUUGUAGAUCAUUAGGAGUUCAUCAAAAUUUACUUUUUGAAAGCGAUGACUUAGUGUUACACAAUCAACCUCGAAAUGUGAUUUUGUGUUUAUUGGAAGUCGCUCGUUUGGCGCACAACAAAUACAGGAUAGAACCGCCAGGUCUUGUACAACUGGAAAAAGAAAUUGCGGAAGAAGAAAGAAACAAUUCUGCGGAUUCGGGACUCGGAUCCUUAUUGUCCUGGCAAUUUCAAGCGACACCUCCGCGCAUUAUGACUAACAGGAUGCGGCACAGCAGGUAAGUUUACUUACAGUAU